AUGACUCCAAUUAUUGAAGAAACCAAAAAACCUCAAAGCAUGCCGACUGGUCCUCGAAAUGUGUUACGUUCAAAUGACUCGGCAAGUCUUUGGAAUUGUACACUUUCUCCAGGUUGGUCCAGAGAUGAAUGCGACAUUUUACGGAAAGCUCUCAUGAAAUAUGGAAUUGGAAAUUGGGCACAAAUUAUUGGCUCAAAUUGUCUACCGGGAAAAACCAAUGCUCAAAUGAAUUUGCAAUUACAAAGAAUGUUGGGUCAGCAAAGUACAGCAGAAUUUGCCGGUUUGCACAUUGACCCGUUGGUCAUUGGAGAAAAAAAUUCAAAAAUCCAAGGACUGAACAUAAAACGUAAAAACAAUUGCAUUGUCAAUACUGGAAAUAGACCAUCACGUGAGGAAAUCAAACGUAGAAUUCAAAAAAAUAAGGAAUUAUUCGAGAUCCCGGAAGAAGAAUGGAACAAGAUAGAAUUACCAAAACCGGAAGAUGUAGCCCUAAAUUCAAAAUACGAAGAGCUUCGUCGUUUGCAAGAUGAACUAGCAGAUAGUCAGGAGAUAAUAACAAACGAGUUAAACGAGUCAUCAUCUAUAAAAGAAGAAGUCAACUCUGACAAUGCAAAGCAAAGGAGGUCAACACGUAAAAGUAAAAAGACAAGGCGUUCAUAG